AUGGACAUUAAGCGAUUAAGACAAGAUCCUCUUUUCAAUUCUAAUGUUAGACUAUUUAUAAAAGAUAUUCAUGAAAUAAAACGAGUACAAACACAGCCAUUUGAAGUAUUUAAAUUGCAUGAUCAUUUUAUUCACAAGGCAGAUGUUUAUGGAAUCAUUGUUGGAUUUGAAAAAUAUGGAUCAAGAUAUUAUUAUUUAGUGGAUGACGGUACAGCCAUAAUAGAAUGCUUUGCACCAGAUGAUGAACAAACAGGUGAUAUUGAAUUAAAGCCAAUAUUUGAAAUAGGAGACAUUGCACGAGCCUUUGGGGAUAUUAUUACAGCUAGAAGCAAUAAACGACAAAUCAAAGCGAGAGCUAUGUAUCCAGUAGAAGACCCAAAUAUGGAACUCCUGCAUUACAUUCAAACCAUUCGUGACUCAAGAGAACAUAAGAAAGGGUUUAAUUUGCCUGAACAAGCUAUUGACACUGACGAAAGUGAAGAUGAAUACGAAAAUACACCGAUAAUUGCUAUUAGAAGAAGUGAAGGAUUCAAAAGUAACGAAAGAGAAAUCUUUCAACGAGCUCUUCUACAAAAAAUAAAAGAAAGAGAUUCAGACCUGUUUACGCCAAAUACCUAUAGGGAUACACCUGAAUUAAUUAAAUUGGCUAAACAUGCUAUUAAAGCUGAAACUAAUGGAAAUGAACCAAUAGAAGCUGAAAUUACAACAUUCUUCAAUGAAAAUAUACAAAGUUUGGUGAACAUUGGUUGUAUAAUCGAAGUCUAUGGAAGAAAUAUGGUUUAUAGAUUGGUUGAUAAUAAGCAUUUAGCACAAGUUAUCAUCAAUAUUAUGAAAGAAGCAAAGCAAAUAGGAGAUGGUUCUGCUGGUAUAUUCAAAGAAUACAUAAGAAUAAAAGUAUCCGAAAAUGAAUACUAUCGAAAUUUAUGUCAGAAGGAAACCAAAGUGAAUGAAAUUUUAGAUUUGUUGACUGAAAACAGUAUUAUUUGUAUGCUGGAUAAUGAUAAAUACGACUUAAUUUUCUAA